AUGGCAGCUGUGAGGCUGCGCAAGGCAUUUCGCUAUCCCGAGGAAUCGGAUGAUGAUCGCGAGGAGCUUGAUGAGGAGGAGCAAGACCGCGUGAUCCAGCAGUUGCAGCUCCAGAAUGAGGCGCGGAAUGCGCAGUACAGUCUCGUGUUUACUGCGAUUCCGCUAGUUUCCACUCUGACUUUCUUGCCAUCUCUGUUUACCGCGCGGAGCUUCGGCGAAAGACUACUUUCGCUGCUAGGAAUACUCUCGCUGCUGGCUACGGCUUAUAUGAUGCGAUUAGCUCCCCUGCAACCUGAUCGGAAGGGCAAGAAACCCCUCUUACCAGAAAAUGAACGCUUGGAAGUUAUACGUUCCGCUCUGUUGCCUGUCAACGGUGCAGUAUGUAUUCUGCUCACUAUGAUCUAUCUCCUGUUCUUGCGGGGAGGUUCCUCCUUUAUUAUCAGUCCGGUCCUAUAUUUGAUUCCUGGAGAAGUUCGUUUGGCUGUGCAGAAGAAACUCAAGCUGAUUUCUCGCCCCCUAGUCAUGCUUGCGGUUAUCUUACUUGCAAAGGAUACUAUGCUUUCAGUGGACCUUGCAACUCUCAAGGAUCUUCAAUACGAGUACAAAGGUGCUUAG